AUGCAUCCAACUUACCACCACGCUGCCACGGUGCAGUAUGCACACCCGCAACAAGCGCAGCCAGCAUUUCAUCCCACCGCUGCCCAGGCUGCAGGAGGGUUCACAACCGGUCAGCCUGCGGUGCAAAGCUUUGCCCAGGGAACCCCCCAACAACCGCAGUUCACUUUCUAUACAAGCACACCCGGUGCGAUGCCAGCGCAGCCACUUGGUGGGUUCCAAGUCGCUGGCUUUCCAGGUGGUGCUCAACCCCACGUAGCAAUGGGCAUGGUACCCACCGGACAGGCCGCAAUGCAACUUCCCCCUUCGGUUAGCUACAGCCCAGCCUAUCCGCUCCCUGCAGCCGGUGCGAUGCCUCCACCAGCCCACAGCAUUGUACAGACCCAGAGUCAUCAGCAACCUGCGGAAAGCGCUCAGUCCGAGAGCAGCUACGAGUCGAGCUCGGAGGAGGAGGGCCAGGAGGGCCAGGAGGGCCAGGGCGAUCAGGGUCAGGACGCCAAGGCGGAGAGUGAAGGCAUGGCACCGGCGCCAGCGGAAGAUGCAGAAGAGCCUGAUGUAGCGACGGUUCCGUCAGUGCCAUCUUCCGUGUCGUUACCACCGCCCUCGAUGCCCGCGUCUGUGCCGCCCUCUAUUCCGGCAUCGAUGCCUGUCUCGGAGCAAAAGCCAAUGUCAGAGGAUUCCGUGAACAAUGCCAACUACCAGACAGUGUAUGGGGCAGCACCAGGUGCUCCUGAGGAUGUGAACUUGCAGACGCGCGUCUCCAACUCCAAGGAGGCACUCAAGCUCCCUUUGGGAGCAAAGCCUGCAGACGAGCGCUUGGACAAGUUUCUCUUCGGUCAUGGAUAUGCCAUCGCUCGGGAGGUGCCACCGCCAAAAGCCAGCCUUCCUGCUGGAGCGCUUGGCAAAGGUGCCUUUGGCGUUGUCUAUCGCGGCUCCCGACGACGUGACAACGCCGAAGUGGCCCUGAAGGUCUCCGAGAAUGCUUCGUCGGCCGAACCGAUGCUGGAGCAGGAGAUCAACAUCCUCAAGCUCUUGGAUCACCCAAGCAUAGUCCGCUUCAUGGAAGCCUUCGUCGACAGAAGCAGCGACUCCAUGGUCAUCGCCAUGGAACUUGUCACCGGGGGCGACUUGCUCUCCUCUCUGACUGGUGAGCCGCAGCACUACGAGGAGAGCCUGGUCCGGCCCAUGAUCUUUCACAUUGCCUGUGCCCUGGCGCAUGCCCACGAAAUGGGAGUCGUGCAUCGUGACCUGAAGCCUGAGAACAUCCUUCUGCGGCAAGGCGAUCGGUUCCCCAAGGUUGCAGACUUCGGUCUUUCGAGAUCCUUGAGGAACUCUGAAAUGGCGAUGACAGUCGCCGGUACCCCCACAUACAUGGCUCCAGAGAUCCAGGAUCCACGGCUGCCCUACGACUUCCCGGCGGAUAUCUACUCCCUGGGUUGUAUUCUCACGGACCUCAUGGACAAAUCCUUUUGUUGCAGCUGGUACGCCAAGGCCACGCCGGGGACCCACGAGAAAAUGCGCAAGCGCUGGCCCAAUGGUGCGACACCUCCCACGUUCUCUGCUCCCUUAAAGGAGCUGCAAGGCUCGAUGAUCGGUCAAGCCCCGGGCCUUAGGCCCACUUGCUAUCAGGUUUGCAACGAUCUACUCACCCUGGCAGAUACGCAGCCUCUCCCCCAUGUCUUGUGGCAGGAGAAGACCAAGCUGCCAAAGGGCGCACCUACACAGAAGAUGCUGGGCUCAGAGCUCGCUCGCGAAAUUGCAGGUCGUGGUGGCUACGCCAUCGGCUGCCGAGUUCGGGUGUUCGUCGAUGGGGGGUGGCAUCCUGGUGAAGCAUAUCUCGACGAGCAUGUGCCCUGGAGCCGUGCAGGUUCACUUCAGGCAGACAGCAUCGAAGCCCGCAAUAUGGCGGUGUCUAUCGCAGGUGAGGAAGCCAUCCUGGUCUGCCCGUGGCAGUUCCAGCAGCUGCUCCGACCAGAUCCGGGAGCCGUAACCAAAGAUGAGAGGAUGGGCACCCUCGUCUUUCCAGAGCAGGCGCAAGUUGCCGGCAGGGUGAUGCAGAUUCUACUGGGAUUUUUUGCAGGCACCACCUCCGAAGACCAGCCCCUCAAAGGGGUCGAGGACAGCGUCCGCAACGCUCUGCAGCCCGUGCCAACCUGCAAUCCGGCUGUGUACGGCUUGUCUAUGCUAGCUCACGAGGACUCCCGCGUCGACGCCCGCUCGGAAAGAGGUACCUGUGGCGAAGCAGAAGUGCCAGCCGGGCUGUCGGCAGCAGUGAAAGUCCAAGGCCUGGCCGCAGAAAUCAAGAAGUCGAUCGAAGACGAGUUGGACGCCUUGUUCUUCAAGAGUGGACUCACAAUGCCCACGAGGAACGCCUCCAGCAUUUUGCUGAUCAACCAGGUGUCUGACAGCUUCCCUGAGCAACAGGGUCUGCAAAUCGCACAGGUGCCUUCUGAUGACGUGCAGAACAAGGAGGGCCUCGCAGACAUGGCCUCGCGUGCCAUACUCCGCCGGUUUGGCUCCUGGAGCAAUGCAUCGCUCCUGGAAACAAAGCCGAGGUUAGUGAUGAAUUUCAGCUGGGCAGCGGUGUCCAGCGGAGCAGCAGACCUUCAUUGCACACCUCUUCAGAGAAGAGGCUUUCAAUCUGAUUGUUACCUGGUGGCUACUUCGUCCAUCAAGAUGGACUCUCGCACAAGGUGGCUCGUCGUUGCCGUUCUUCACUCUGGCAUCUUCACCGGAAGUGCUGUCGAAGUAGAGAACGAGGUUGACCAGAAGGUGGCUUCUUUCGAGAAGUCGACCAUUGAAAGCCUGGAAGAGGGCCGUGCGAGGGGCCUGUACGUGCUGCUCGUGAUGACUCUCCUCAGUAUCGCGACGUCUCUGCUGGUGGGCCGCAUGGUGGCUGGACCCCUCAGACAUUUGACCGACCUCAUGGACAAGCUUAGCGAGCUGGACUUCGAGCCUGAAACCGCCGUGAGCCGCGGUGCCAGGCGCUCUUGCAUCCAAGACGUGGCUGAGCUGGAAAUCGCGUUCGGGCGCCUGGCACGUGGGAUCGGGAUGUUUGCGCGCUUCGUCCCACAAACGGUGGUCCGCAACAUUGUGAGCCAGGGCGAUGACUUCGCUACCCGUCUGAAGGUCGACCGACGAGUCGUCACUGUUAUGUGCACGGAUAUCGCUGGAUUCACGAGCAUCACUGAACUCUUGGUGCUGCGGGAUCUCUACUUUAUACUCACUCGCUACUUCUCAGUGAUGAUGAGCGUGGUAGAGAUCUACCAAGGAGUCGUCUCCGAGAUCCUUGGGGACGGGCUGAUCGUCCUGUGGAAUGCGCCCGACCAUGUUGCCGAUCACGCGACCGCCGCCUGUGCUGCAGCUCUGACGCAACAGCAGGCACUUUGCCACGUGAACGAUGAACUGAAGGUUCUGGAAUUGACGCCUUUGUCCAUCCGAAUUGGCAUACACACCGGGCUAUGGACCGAGCAAGAGACGGUCAUCACUCCUGGGCAACAUUGGCAGUAUGACGUAGCCUGGAUGCAGAGCGCAGUUGUAGAGCAGUCGAAUUAUGAUUCCGUGCUCUUGAGGAAGAUGAAGUAUGGCUGCAUGGUCCUUAGCCCUCCACAAGACCGCAUUAUUCACAGCCAUCUGGCCGCUGCAGCUCAGCUUCCAGGUUCUUCCGACACAAAGAACGCCAUUCCCCCCGGCAAGUUCUUCAUGCGCUGGUUGGGCAAGGUGAAGGUUGGACAUGUUGCGCCUUUCGAUUGUGCACGCAAUGCCUCAGAUCCCUUCCAGGUGCGAAGUGAUGACGAAGAGAUGGUUGGAGUUCAUGAAGUAAUCAGCAGCAGCCUCGGCGAGCAGCCACGAGCAGUGCAUGGGGCAGACACGCACCCGUCCCACCGUGGAGGUCGCGAAAAUUUGGAGGACAGGUUCCGGUUCCAGCUUGAAUAA